UGUAUGUUUCUUUUUUCAUUAGGUCCUCUUUUCUAUCGAGUUAGCAUGAUAAUAAUAUAUAUUGAGUGUUAUUAUGCUAUCUUUCCAAAAUGAUGAGUACUAUUCAUAUUGAUGAGCAUAUGUUUUUAGCUAAAAAAUAAUAACCCUUGUUUCUAAAUUCUACCCACAAAAAUCUCUUCUUCAUUCCCUGCCUUUCUUUCAGUUUGCCAUUCCUUUCAAAAUCUCCCCAUCAAAACUACAUGUUCUCCUCCUUUCUUCUUUUCCAUUUUAGGAAAAAAAUAAUUCUCCUUCAUCUUUCUCUCUAUCUUAUUUUUCAUCCUUCUUCAUUUUCCCUUUUGUUCUUGGAAAUAAUUUCAUCGUCGUCUCUGCUCCGUUUGGUGCCAACAUGGCGAAUUCAUCGUCUGGGAUGGCGGUGCACGACGACUGCAAGCUCAAGUUCUUGGAGCUCAAAGCCAAGAGGAACCACCGGUUCAUCGUGUUCAAGAUCGACGAGAAGAUCCAGCAAGUGGCGGUGGAGAAGAUCGGCUCCCCGACCUCUACGUACCAGGAGUUCACCAACUCCCUCCCCGCCGACGAGUGCCGCUACGCCGUGUUCGACUUCGACUUCACCACCGACGAGAACUGCCAGAAGUCCAAGAUCUUCUUCAUCGCGUGGGCGCCGGACACGUCGAGGGUGAGGAGCAAGAUGUUGUACGCAAGCUCCAAGGACAGGUUCAAGCGGGAGUUGGAUGGGAUCCAAGUCGAGUUGCAGGCCACCGAUCCCAGUGAAAUGAGCCUUGAUAUCGUCAAAGGUCGAGCCCUCUAAGGCUUUCAACAAAGAAGAACAUGUCAAAUUAAUUAAUUAAUUAUAUAUAGUUAUAUAUAUAACUUGCUCAAUAUGUGCUACCUAGUCGGUCCCUUAUUAUGUAGGGGAAAAUAUACAUAUUUGUUGUAUUUUGUUGUUCUUUUAAGUUUGUUCGUGAGUGUUCAUGAUGUAUAUCAAUUAUCAAACCAAAUGGUUACAAUGUUCUUUUGUUAAUUUCCACAAGGUUGUUAUAAGCUAAUGUUCGCUUUAAAUGCCAUAUUUGCAACCAAUAUGUGCUAACCUAGUCGUAUCCCUUUGGAAUCUGCCAAAAAUUGACCCGGGAUAAAUCCGCCCAAAUAUGUGCUUAAUGGACUCAAUCAUCGUUGGAGAAUAGCCUCAGGCCGAAUCCGUGAUCUGUAGCCUUCAAUAUCCAAAGAAAAUGCGCAUUUCGUCGCCCAAGAAAUUACGAAAAUGUCAUCCGAAAAUAAAUUGGCCCAAAUCGAUGCUUAACGGACUUAUCAUCCGUGGAGAAUAGGAUCAAUAGACUUCAUUAUCGGUGGAGAAUAGCCUCGGCCUGAUUCAGUGAUCUGUAGGCGCCAGAAUCGAAAGAAAAUGGCAUUUCGGAUAAAUCGCCCGAAAUCUGUGAUGGUACCCCUUUGGAAUCUGCCAAAAAUUGACCCAGAAUAAAUCCGCCCAAAUCGGUGCUUAAUGGACUCAAUCAUCGUUGGAGAAUAGCCUCAGGCCGAAUCCGUGAUCUGUAGCCAUCAAUAUCCAAAGAAAAUGGCCUUUAGUCGCCCAAGAAAUUACAAAAAUGUCAUCCGAAAAUAAAUUGGCCCAAAUCGAUGCUUAACGAACUUAUCAUCCGUGGAGAAUAGGAUCAAUAGACUUCAUUAUCGGUGGAGAAUAGCCUCGGCCUGAUUCCGUGAUCUGUAGCCUCCAGAAUCGAAAGAAAAUGGCAUUUCGGAUAAAUCGCCCGAAAUCUGUGAUGGUACCCCUCUGGAAUCUGCCAAAAAUUGACCCAGGAUAAAUCCGCCCAAAUCGGUGCUUAUUGGACUCAAUCAUCGUUGGAGAAUAGCCUCAAGCCGAAUCCAUGAUCUGUAGCCUUCAAUAUCCAAAGAAAAUGGCAUUUAGUCGCCCAAGAAAUUACAAAAAUGUCAUCCGAAAAUAAAUUGGCCCAAAUCGAUGCUUAACGGACUUAUCAUCCGUGGAGAAUAGGAUCAAUAGACUUCAUUAUCGGUGGACAAUAGACUCGGCCUGAUUCCGUGAUCUGUAGCUCCAGAAUCGAAAGAAAAUGGUAUUUCGGAUAAAUCGACCAAAAUAUGUGAUGGUACCCCUUUGGAAUCUGCCAAAAAUUGACGUAGAAUAAAUACGCCCAAAUUGGUGCUUAAUGGACUCAAUCAUCUUUGGAGAAUAGCCUCAAGCCGAAUCCGUGAUCUGUAGCCUUCAAUAUCCAAAGAAAAUGGCAUUUAGUCGCCCAAGAAAUUACAAAAAUGUCAUCCGAAAAUAAAUUGGCCCAAAUCGAUGCUUAACGGACUUAUCAUCCGUGGAGAAUAGGAUCAAUAGACUUCAUUAUCGGUGGACAAUAGACUCGGCCUGAUUCCGUGAUCUGUAGCCUCCAGAAUCGAAAGAAAAUGGUAUUUCGGAUAAAUCGACCAAAAUAUGUGAUGGUACCCCUUUGGAAUCUGCCAAAAAUUGACCCAGAAUAAAUCCGCCCAAAUCGGUGCUUAAUGGACUCAAUCAUCGUUGGAGAAUAGCCUCAAGCCAAAUCCGUGAUCUGUAGCCUUCAAUAUAAAAAGAAAAUGGCAUUUAGUCGCCCAAGAAAUUACAAAAAUGUAA